AUGGGACCCCGCCUCAACCCCUCCAUGUUGAAAUCCUCGCCCUCCUCGCUCUUCAAAUCUUUCUCAUUCAAACCAUCAACAACAACAACCACCAGAACAAGAUCUUUCCACGCAACACCCGCAAAUAUGACCAUCAAGACCUUCUUCGACGUCACUUGGGAGGGCCCAGUCCUCGACGCUGCCGGAAAGCAGACCUCCAAGGUUGCUGCUACCCCACCUCGUGGUGUCUGGCAAAAAACCCCCACUCCCCCCCCCCUCUCCCCCCAAAAGAAACAUGAGCUGACCUGCCCCUCCACAGAGCAAUCCGGCCGCAUCGAGUUCAACCUCUACGAUGACGUCGUCCCAAAGACCGUCGAGAACUUCCGAGCUCUCUGCACCGGCGAGAAGGGCUUCGGAUACGCUGGCUCCGCCUUCCACCGCAUCAUCCCUCAAUUCAUGCUCCAAGGAGGUGACUUCACCCGUGGCAACGAUCUCACACCUACACAGGGCACUGGUGGCAAGUCGAUCUACGGAGAGAAGUUCGCCGAUGAGAACUUCGUCAUGAAGCACACCAAGCCUGGACUCCUCUCCAUGGCCAACGCCGGACCUAACACCAACGGCUCGCAGUUCUUUGUCACCACCGUCGUCACUAGCUGGUUGGAUGGCAAGCACGUCGUCUUUGGUGAGGUCGCCGACGACAAAUCCCUGAUGGUCGUGAAGGCCCUCGAGGCUACCGGAUCCGGCAGCGGCAAGGUCAACUAUAACAAGAAGCCCACCAUCGUCAAGUCUGGCGUCUUGUAA